AUGGGGACUCCUUUUCCAUGGCUGCCGAUGCUCGCCCUCGCAAUCGGCCUCGUGAGCCAUUCGUACUCCCUCUCAAGCCUUUUCCCCUACGUGGGGUACAUGGUGCAGCACCUCGGGGUCGCCGACGACAAGGAUGAGGCUGGAUACUACGCCGGCUACCUGGCGUCCGCCUUCAUGGUUGGUCGGUUCGCCACCUCGUACUUCUGGGGCCGCUUCGCAGACCGCUACGGGCGGCUGCCGGUGGUGUACAUCGGACUCAGCUCCAUCGGCGUCCUGUCUUUGGCUUUCGGGCUGUCGACCGCCUUCUGGUGGGCCCUCACUUGCCGGUUUCUCCUGGGAGCGAUGAACGGCCUUAUAGCUAUAUCGAAGUGCAUGAUCUCCGAGAUCUGCGGGAAGCAGCACGAGACAGUUGGUAUGGGCUACAUCACAGGUUGCUGGUCCUUUGGCCUCGUCAUCGGCCCGGCCUUCGGAGGUCUACUGGCCCAACCAGCAACGCACUACCCGAACGUGUUUUCGGAGUCGGGGCUGUUCGGAAGGUACCCUUACCUGCUUCCGAACGUGGUCGGGGCGAGUAUAGCCUUCAGUGGCUUGCCCAUGGUGUUUUUUUUCCUCAAGGAGACCACAAACUUGGGCGACGGCAGGAGUGUAACCGAUACCAGGGCCGGGUUCGAUCCUGUCGCGACAUCAGAACCGAGCCCCCUCCUGGAAACCCAGGAAACGGGGAUGGAAGAGGGGAGGGGGGGGCAACUUGAGUUGACUCCGCUGACGCAGUCGAACUCUCUGGAUGACGUGGACGACGACGACGACGACGACGACGAGCAUCUGGCCGAACUUCUCGGGGAACGUUCUGAGGAAUGCUCCUCGGCAAGGGCUACCGUUUCGACUGCCGCUGGUGGUGAUGGUGGCGGGCACAGAGCCGUCGUGCCUGAUUCGAAGGGUCGUGGAGGUAGUUCUGCUUGGGAGAAAUCGAUUGGCGGCGCAAUCAAUAUCCCUAGCAACGACAGGGUUACGCUUGGAGACGAAAGCGAAACCGCCAGCAAGAAGAUCGAUGUUGAUCGCUACGGCGUUGGCAAUAGCUUUGGGGACGGCGGAAGCAACCGCAACAGCAGCGGCGAUCGAUUUUUGCAGCCUCCGAGGGAGGCACCCAGUGGAGGAGCAUCGCAUUCAUCUCCAGUUGGACGGAGUGAGACACUGGGCUUUGCGGGCAGUACCAAGGGAAGUCCUAGUGGAAGACGAGACCACAUCGGAGACGACUUGGGAAACAGGGUCACCGGAUUCAGCACCGAAGACGGUGGUGACACGAGUUGUGCCGCCGGAGAGAGCCAAACAGCUACUACGCGUAGAAGCGCGGUCUGGCGAGAGUGUCUCGUUCCGGUUAGGCUGCUCGAGGAGAAGCGUGUCCGGGCAAUUCUCUUCGUGUACGGCAUCUACUCGUUUUCGCUUAUUGGCUUCGGAGAGAUUUACCCGCUAUGGGCCCUCAGCACGGUGGCAAGUGGGGGCCUGGAUUGGACUACGAAACAGAUCGGACAGGUCCUUUCGUUGGUGGGAGUGGGGAUGCUGGCCUUCCAGCUUGUGGUGUACCCCUGGCUGUCGAAACGAAUAGGGGUGACGAGGUCGCAGCGCUGGGCGUGCUUCCUUGCGAUCCCGGUGUACGCGUUCUUUCCUUUCCUCUCGCGGUUGCGUGGCUCAGGAGUGCCGCUGGUCGUCGGCUCGAUCGUCCUCAACUUCUUUUCCAACGUCACCGCCACUGCGGUUUUCAUCAACAUCGCUCUGGCGACCAACAACGCGGUUGAACCCUCCCGGCGGGCGACCCUAAACGGACUGUCCAUGACGCUCGGAUCCCUGGCGAAGGCCGCGGGCCCGGCUUUUUUCUCGGCCAUCUUCGCAUGGUCAAUCGACGAUGACGGCCGUCGCCCUUUUCCUCUGGACUACCACCUGGUGUUCUACCUCCUGGCUCUGAGCAUGACUGCCGUGUGCUGGGCGAGCUGGAACGUUAUCAUCGAUGAUCUUCCCCCGGCGACAGGCUCCAAGGCUGCAGCUGCUGCUAUUGCUGCUGAUACUGAUGGGGGUGCUGAAGAUGACCGCUCGGAUUCAUGA